CGGUCAAAUAUAGGCAAUCAAAGUGUGGAAAGUCACUGAAUGUGCUUGUGAGUAUCAAAGUCAUCUAAAAAUAGAAGUGACAAGAAUAACAAUGUUUUGAGCAAGUUGCAAGUGUCCUUGCCUGAUUAGACUUCAGCUCUCAUUCUAUUGUUUAUUAAACUUUUACACUCAUUCUUGGAUGCAAAUUUGUUACUGCAUCAUUUUGAAAAUGUACAGCGUUAAUUCCUUGGAAUGUAAGAUUACUGUUCUGCACAUGAAACUGUGAAUGUGAGAAGGAGGGAGGGACAGAGACAGACUAAGGAGAUUAUGAAGCUUCUCUCUAAACUGUGCUCUUGCCCAUGCCAGUCACAGCAUUUUCAGAUGGAAGUCCUUCAUUCUCACUUUGAACUAUUGGUGAAUUCUCCAACAAGAGUCGGGAUCCAUAGAUUGGAUCAAACAGAGCAAGUCAAGUGAAGAAAAAAUUGGAUAAUCGACCUAAAAUGUUCUUGGGUGUGGAUAUAAUAACUUUUGAAACCAAGGGUCGACAUGGAACAAGGUUAUCCAGUUCUCGAAGAUCAGACGUUAUGAAAUGGAAAAGAUGACCACACAAGGUCUUUAACUUCAGGUGUUCAGCAUUUGGCAAAGUGCAAGUGACACUGCAUGUAAUACCAUUACUCAUGUCAAGAACAAGUGCUGAUGAUUACCACUCAUUAGGUGACUCUCUUUAUGAAUUCUACAAGGUUUUUGCAUUUGUAUUUCACCUGUUGGACCUAAAGCCAUAUGUUAAAUGGUGCUAAUUACUGAGAAUGGCGUUGCUGGCGGUCUACUUCUGGUCAAAGAUCAACAUAAUGUCUCAAGUCACAACCAAGCUAGAGGAGGCAAUAACGAAGAGUCCUCGAUACAGAGUUCCACUUUUGUGGAGACCACAGAGGACUCUUAUUUGGCAGAUGAUGAAGAGCACCAUCAUCAUGAUGAUGAUGAUAGACGACGACGAUGAUGUCUACCAAGAAUUUGAGGAGUUGGACUUUUCAAAACUGGCAGACACCAAGAGCAUCUUGUCAGAUGAUUCUUUUUACCCUCCUGACGAUUCGCUAAACUAUGAGAAAUGUCCAAGCCCUGAGAGUCCUGAGCCACUUAGCUUCUUCAAGGCAUGCAGCACAAACAAUGUCAUCAUUGUCAAGAUCUUGAUAAGACAAGGUGUGACAGAGGAUGAGGUACGAGAGGUGGACAAAAAUAACAGAACAGGUCUGAUUGUGGCGUGUUACCAGGGCUUCGUGGAUGUAGUCAUUGCCCUUUCUCAGUGUCCAUAUGUGGAUGUGAACUGGCAGGACAAUGAGGGGAAUACAGCUCUCAUGACUGCCGCACAAGCAGGCCACAGCAUGAUUACCAACUACAUGCUGAGCUAUUUUCCUGGGUUAGACACUGAGCGCAGAAACUGCCAUGGCUUCACAGCGAUGAUGAAAGCAGCCAUGCAGGGUCGAGCUGAGUGUGUGCGGGUUCUUGUGAUGACAGGUGCAGACAUUGAAGCAAGGGACUAUGGCCGUAAGCUGACUCCACGAGAAUGGGCCCUGUUCACAGGCCGCUAUGAAACAGCCAACCUCAUGUCUCGACUGAUGGAACAACCAUGUGCUGAACAGUUCUGUGACUCUUACCAUAUGAUGUGGCCUGUGCUAGAUCAGCUGGUGGCCCAAUCCAAGGAGCCCAAGUCUUGCUGGAGGAAGUUCUCGGAACGUGCCUGUAAUCUGUUCACCAUCCGUAUAAAAACCAACCCUGUGGACGAAGGUGUAAUGGACUACAUGGUGCGCAUGACCACGGCACUGGCCAGCCCAUUCAUAGCCACCGCCUGUCGCACCGUGUGCCCGGGGAGCCCUCCGUGUGUGGGGAAACGUCGCCCGGCUGUACAGGACAUUCUCCGUAAACAGCGUCUGGCUGAGCUGAAGAACCUGGGGCCUGAGCGUCUCAACAACUACAAGCGGCUCUUCCAUAACUCCAGAGUGCUGCUGGUGCCAAAGAAGCAAGAGCGCCGUUCUAGUCUGCAGCCGCAGAUACUGCACAAUGUUGCGAUGGCCUCCACUGUGGCCCUCAGAAGAAGCAGCUUGCUGCCUCUUCACAUGAUGCGCAGGAGCAGUGUACGUCCAGGUUUGGUGGUACCAAAAGUCAUGCUGUGCAAAGCGCCUCCCGCCACAUAUAUCCCAGAGAGGCUGCGGCACAGGAAUAUAAAUGACUCUCAACACUUACAGAUCCCUAAAUGGAAGUACAAAGCUCUAAAGGAGGAUAAAAAGAAAGCAGAACAGUUGGAUAAGUUAAGAUUGUCUGUUGUGAGGAAAAAGUAAUGUGGCUUUUGAUGCCUUCCCUGCUGAAAAAUUCAGCUUAAACUGGUAGCUGUGUUUUGGGACAUGGUAGCUGAUUUCUAGCUGGUCCAAGCAGGUCAUGAGUUGGUCCAAAUAAGGAGACAAGCUACUAGCAGGUAAUACCAGCUCAAUGUGUUCAAGCUGGUUUUUGGAACAUGGUAGCUGGUCGACCAGCAAAGGACCAGCCUGGACUAGCUUGGUCCAGCUACCAUGUUCCAAAACAGCUACCAGUUUAAACUGGAUUUUCCUGCAGGGUAAGUUUAGCAAGAGAGCUAUUCAGUCAUGACGCCAAUUUGUAGGCUAACCCAGAAGGCUUAUUCACAAUGGGUUCCCUCAGGAAUUUCUAAUGGGGUUUUAAAACAGCUAUUUUGAUGUAUAAAUGAAAGUAGGUCUGUGGUUAACACUAGAUGAUGAGACUUUCUUGUUUUUUUUUUUACAAUGCAAAUGUCAUAUCUCAAUCAUUAAUUUUUAAACUGUUGUGUGUUUAGCUAAUUGUUAAACUUUUAAUAAGAUAGAACAAGUCAUAAUAGAAUAGUAUUUUGUAAUGAACUUUGUACACUCACAUGAAUCCAGUCAUGUCGGUCACAGAGAAAAAGCUGCUUUGUUUUACAUAUGAUGCUGGGCGCACAUUGAGGAGUUCCGCCAUGUUGAGAUCAUAUGACCAGUUAAAUAUUUCUCACUUGAAAUUGGAUCUUUCACUCUCACAACUUUGCAGGGCUCCAGACUAAAAAAAUGACAGCGGAGUCAUUUGCUCCUUAACUGAAACUAUUAGGAGCCAAAUGGCUGUUUUUGGUAUAUACUGUAUAUUUACUGUAAUGUAUGUAUAAACACAAAAAGUUAACAUUUUCAUAUAAAAAUAUGAGCAGUAAUUCAUCAACAUUAUAUUAUCAGCAAUCACAUGUUAUAAAUCCGGUCAGUUGUGAACUCAAGAGUCGCUCUGAUUCAGACUGCUUACCUGAGCUAGUUCAAAUCAGUUUUGUGAAUCUUUUCGGCUAAUUAAUU